UCUUCAAGUCGUGGCUCAAACUCAAAGGUAGAGUUACCAAUUAAAAGAGGAUAAAGGAACAGUUUCAUUGCAGAAACGAACCUCUUAAACCAUUGGUCGUUCUUCCUUUCUGAUAUUCUUUUGGGGUAUUGGGAUCCUCCCGGUUGCUGUUCUUUGCUGUCAUCGAUUUUUGGAUUCUAUUGUGAUUAGAAAAUACAGAAAAAAUAGGGAGAAAAAGUAUUUAGUGCCUAGUAAAAAGGUAUUAGUGUUCAGCAUUUACAUUUGACAAGGGAAAAGUUGAAACGAAUAAUAUAUAGUAUACGAGAUUUUUAUUUGAAUAUCUUAGAUACUAUAUAGUGCAGAGAAAUGGGUACUCCUUUGUCAGCUUGGCCAUGGGAGAACUUUGGAAUGUUCAAGUAUCUAUUAUAUGGGCCAUUUGUGGCGAAAGUCCUGUAUGGAUGGUUCUAUGAUGAGGAACACUUCAAGCUGAGCUGGUGCCUUCAUUUGCUUGUACUAUGUGGUCUCAGAGGUCUAAUUCAUGUGCUUUGGGGUUCCUAUAGUCACAUGCUUUUUCUUACAAGAAAUCGACGGAUUGUUCAAGAGGGGGUUGAUUUCAAGCAGGUUGACAAAGAAUGGGACUGGGACAAUUUCUUGAUUCUUCAAGCACUAGUUGCCUCCAUGGCCUGCUUAAUGUUUCCCUUUCUUCAACAUCUUCCUCUCUGGAAUGUAAAAGGUCUUAUUGUUGCUCUGAUGCUCCAUGUUGGAAUCUCCGAGCCACUUUUUUACUGGGUGCAUAGGAGGUUCCAUGGAAACUAUCUUUUCACCCAUUAUCAUUCACUUCAUCAUUCAUCUCCAGUACCCGAGUCUUUUACUGCUGGACAUGCAACGCUUUUGGAGCAUCUUAUUUUGACGUUGGUCAUUGGAAUCCCUAUCCUUGGGGCCUCUAUGAUGGGAUAUGGAUCAACAAGCUUGAUAUAUGGUUAUGUUUUGACUUUUGAUUUUCUGAGAUGCUUGGGCCAUUGCAAUGUUGAAAUGGUUCCGCAUCAGCUGUUCGAGGCAUUCCCAUUUCUUAGAUAUGUGAUAUACACACCCACAUAUCACAAUCUACACCACACUGAUAAGGACACUAAUUUCUGCCUCUUUAUGCCUCUCUUUGACGAACUAGGCAAUACCCUCAAUAAAAAAUCAUGGCAAUUACACAAAACAUUAAGUUCAGGUUCAGGAAAUGGUGACAAGGUACCGCAUUUUGUUUUCCUGGCCCAUGUAGUUGAUGUAUCAUCUUGUAUGCAUGUUCAAUUUGUCCUGAGAUCCUUUGCUUCAUUGCCAUACACAACAAGGUUUUUCUUGGUCCCAGCAUUGCCCAUUGCUUUUGUAGUUCUGCUAGCAAUGUGGGUUUGGUCCAAGACCUUUUUGGUUAGUUUCUACUACCUCAGAGGUAGAUUGCACCAAACAUGGGUUGUUCCUAGAUGUGGCUUUCAGUAUUUCUUGCCAUUUGCUGCUGAGGGAAUCAAUAAACAAAUUGAACUAGCUAUCCUCAGGGCUGAUAAAAUUGGGGUUCAAGUCAUAAGCCUUGCUGCAUUGAAUAAGAAUGAAUCCCUUAACGGGGGUGGAAAGCUUUUUGUGGACAAGCACCCAAAUCUUAGGGUCCGAGUUGUUCAUGGGAAUACUUUAACUGCUGCUGUCAUACUUAAUGAGAUCCCUCGAGAUGUGAAAGAGGUGUUCCUAACAGGAGCUACUUCCAAGCUUGGAAGAGCAAUUGCACUCUAUCUUUGCCAAAAGAAAGUCAGAGUUCUGAUGUUAACUCUUUCAACAGACAGAUUCCAGAGGAUUCAAAAGGAAGCCCCUCUUGAAUACCAAAGCUAUCUUGUUCAAGUGACAAAAUACCAAGCAGCACAAAACUGCAAGACGUGGAUUGUUGGUAAAUGGAUCACACCAAGAGAGCAAUACUGGGCGCCACGUGGAACCCAUUUUCAUCAAUUUGUUGUCCCACCCAUUUUAUCAUUCAGAAAAGAUUGUACUUAUGGUGAUCUAGCCGCCAUGAGAUUACCAGAAGAUGUGGAAGGGCUUGGCUGCUGUGAGUACACGAUGGAAAGGGGUGUUGUUCACGCGUGCCAUGCAGGAGGGGUGGUACAUAGCCUUGAAGGUUGGUCUCAACACGAAGUUGGGGCCAUAGAUGUUAACAGAAUCGAUCUUGUGUGGGAAGCAGCACACAAACAUGGCCUAAGGCCAGUGUCAAGUUCCACACACACAGUAAAAGAAAAUUAAGUCUUCAGUCAAAGUAUAAUUCUUAAGGCCAUAUACAUUAAUUAAGUAUUGCAUGUCACAGUGGCCAUCUAAGUGUGGUUAUAUUCUUUGAAGUCGAUGUACUACUACAUUUCUAAUGUUUCUUAUAUAUAUAUAUAUAUAUAUAUAUGAUCACAUUGACAGUGAUUCGUAUCAUAGAUUAGAUGAAAGCAAGCUAAGCCAGCUCCCAUCCUUAUUUUGCUUCUAUAUAUUGAAGAUUUCCCUUCUAUAU